AGCCCACCUAGACCCUCCUCUGCUCUCCUCGCAUCUGCCUCAGCAUGGUGUCAUAUUCCAGCCGCAUGUCCCUCUCUGGAGGAUCCAUCAGUGGGGGAUCUUCUCGCCUUUCCCUCUCCGGGGGUAGCAGCCGUACGGGCAUCAUGAGAGCCGGUAGCGUGUACGGCGGCGCCGGCGGUGCAGGGGUCCGCAUCUCCGGUUCAUCCCGCAUUCUGUCCAUGGGUGGAGGUGGUGGUGGUGGAUUCGGUGGUGGUGCAGGCUAUGGAUUUUCCGCCGCUGGAGGAGCAGGAGGAGGCUUCAGCCUGGGAGGCUUGAGUGGAGGAGUCAUCGGCAACGAUAAGUUCACCAUGCAGAACCUCAACGACCGUCUGGCUGCCUACCUGGUCAAGGUGCAGGUCCUGGAGAAGGCCAACGCGGAGCUGGAGAUGAAGAUCAGACUGUUCCUGGAGAGCAAGGCUGUUCCUCAAGCGCACGACUCCAUGGGCUUCAUGAGUGUCAUUGCCGAUUUGCAGUCCAAGAUACAAGGAUUCCUUCAACUGAAGGGCUCCAUACAUCUUGCUGUUGAUAACUCUAACAUGGUUGUGGAUGACUACAGACGGAAGUAUGAGAGCGAGUUCUCCAUUCGCCAGUCGGUGGAAGCAGAUGUGGCCGGGCUGAAAUUUGUCCUUGGCGACCUGACCUCUGCCAAUAAAGACCUCACUCUUCAUCUGUCUGGCCUGCAAGAAGAGCUGCACAUGCUCAAAAACAGCCACGAAGAGGACCUGCUCGCCCUGCGCACACAAGUCGGGCACCAGGUCAGUGUGGACGUGGACGCUGCGCCCCAGCAGGACCUCUCUGUUGUCCUGGCGGGAGUCCGCCAGCACUACGAAACUGUGGCCGCCAAGAACAAGCAGGAGCUCGAUGUGUGGUUCCAGGCCAAGACGGAGGGCUUGAAGAAGGAGGUCACCACCAGCACCAGCACCCUGCAGGUCAGCAGCUCUGAAGUGACCUCCAUGAAGAGCACUGUCCAGGCCCUGCAGAUUGAGCUCAUGUCCAUCUCCACCAUGAGAGCUUCAUUGGAGUCCACCCUUGCUGAGACAAAGACCCGGUACGCAGGCAUGAUGUCUGGGUUCCAGUCUCAGGUGAGCAGCCUGGAGGCCCAGCUAGCCCAGCUGCGUAUCAACCUGGAGAGCCAGAGCUCAGAGUACCAGAUGCUCCUGGACAUCAAGACCAGGCUGGAGCUGGAGAUCGCCGAGUACAGGAGACUGCUGGAUGGCCAACUUAGCAGCUCGUCCUCCUCCUCGUCCACCAGCACCAAGUAUGUCACCGUGACGGAGGAGAGGGUGAAUGGCCAGGUGGUCUCCUCCUCCACCUCGUCCUCCACCUCAGGCCUUAUGUAUCGCUGAGGAAAAGCGCUCACAAGCGUUCACAAGCGUUCUUCACCCUUGAGUCGUGAAUCUGUCCGAGGUUUCUUCCUACUGUAUAUGUAUCUCCAAUUCUAGGGUUUUCUUCCUUGCCCCUGUUACUCAUGGGCUCUCUUCAAUGUUUAACACUCUGUAAAGCGCCAUGAGACAUGUGUAAUGUUUUGGCGCUCUAUAAGUGAAAUUAAAUUGAAAUUAAAUUGACAUUAAAAAC